AUGGAUGAGUUUGAAGAGGAAUCAGAGGAUGAAACUGAUGAGGAGAUUGCUCCUCAAGUUCAGAUUGAUGGUGAAUUACAUGGUGAAGGCGCUGCCAGAACUGAGCAACCAGCAGAGUCUGUUGAAGCUCCUCAUGCCCAGGAGGAAAGAAGGGAGACUUCUCAGCAUUCCAGCUAUAGACUGUCAGAAGAUUCUGAUCAUCAUGUGAGAUUAAAUGUUGGUGAUCGAAGGACAAUUGCACGCGAGAUGCGAGUUGCAACAGCUGGAAUCGGUGUAUAUGUGAAUGAGACCACUGGAAAUACAUAUGUUAGGCUGAACGGAGCAAAUGGUCGUCCAGUGGGUGGAAGUCAGCCAACAGUGGUGGAUGUCCAAGGAAGUCAGCCACCUGUCACACAACCUUAG